UAACGGCCGCCAUAACAGCUGAGAGAAGUUGUUUAUCGGCUCAAACAAAGAUCUACUAGAAAGCAAGGAUGAUUUGGAACUAUUUAUGAUUAUAUUUGCUAUUUAGCUUAAACUUAUUCUCCCAGAAAUGUACUGUCUACUUAGAUAUCAAAAUGAAGAUAAAACAAUUGAAAGCUGAAAAAUAAACAAAACGGUGUCACAACAAAACCACUGUCACUGACACUUUGCUAUCCUGUUUCCUCAACAAGUUAAAUUAAAAAAAACGCUCCAUUUAUUUGUUUUGUUAGAAUAUGGGAUCAAGAGGCGUACCUGUGGAUAAGAUAAACCUAAGACUUAUACUGGUUAGUGGCAAGACAAAAGAAUUCUUGUUUUUACCGAAUGAUUCAGCGGCAGAUAUAACUGAUCAUGUUUAUACAAACUGGCCUACAGAUUGGUCAGAAGAACAGUUACCUAGCAGUAACAUACUGAGGUUGAUAUACCAAGGAAGGUUUCUACACGGGAAUGUAACACUUGGUGCUUUACAGUUACCAGUUGGUAAAACAACAGUAAUGCAUCUAGUGGCAAGGGAAAAUUUACCAGAGCCAAAUAAUCAAGGUCAGUUGAAGAAAGAUAAAAGUGGAGAGAGUGGUUGCGGUACAUGUUGUGUAAUACUAUGACAUCAUUAUAGAACACAAUCGGCAACUCUCACUAGUCUGUGAUAUAUAGUACCAAAGGGGAGCUAACUCUCCAAGCAGAUCUGUAAAUCAUUAUUAUAUCAAAUUUUUACUGCCAAACAAACUGAAGAUGACGACUGUCCUGCACAGUUUGGCAUUUUUUUCACAUCAUAUUAUAGUAUAGAAGUGCACAAUCUCAUCAUCAUCAUGGGAUCGGAAACGAUUUAUAUCAUGGGAUCGGAAUUGAUUUAUAUUUAACAACAAGCAGGGAACAGAUACUACAUGCAGCAUGGAUGCAGUCACAUAAAUGAUUUUUUUUUAAAUUCUAAUAUUAUUAGUUAUGAAAUUGUUCAUUCCAUGAAAUUAAUUUGUUUAGUAGACAUACCUACAUCAUAUUACAAGUAAAAGAAAGUGUAAUGAUAAACAUGAAAGAUGAAUGAUAUUUCAUUAUAUAUGAAAUUCAAAAUACAAUAUGAAAAAAGAGGUCAUUUUAACUCUGGUCAAAUUAGAUUGUUACAUUUUUUGGUGUUUUGAACUUUUAGUGUUAUGUGCAGUUUAAUUUAGAUAUUUUUACAUUUUAAACAUGUUAAAGUUAAUAACACAAUUCAGGGAAAAUACCACUUUGUAAGUCAACAGAAUGUUUAAACCAGUUUGCAAAAUAAAGCAUCUUAUUAACACAGACUUGAAAGUAGAUUUCUGCCGGUUUGGUUAUUGGUUUUGUGGAAACCCAUGGCACAUUUUUGAAAAUAAUGUUUGGUGAAAUUAUUCCUUGCUUAAAAACAAAAAAAUAUAUAUAUGACUAAGAAUAUUUACCAGUUAGAUAACCUUAUAAAUUGAUGUUUCUAUUUUUCUGCUGAAAGGGAGGUUAUCUGCUACCUCAGAACAAAGGGCUGUAGGGAUGUGUAAAUUUGUGGCUGGUUGUUUGCUCAAUGCUUACUUUUGACACCAUUCAUAUUCCUAGCCAGUAUAAAAGAAUUAUUGUCAUUUAUCAAGUUUUUUUUGUAACUACGUAAAAAUACAAUUCAUGCUUGCAUUUGUUUUUCAUUUUAUUUAAUGGAUUAAAAUAAGGAACUUUCAAAACACUUGAAAUGUUUGUUAUUGUUUCCUCCCUCAAAUUUCUAUUUAAUUUACAUUAGCUAAAUAUAAAUUUAAGUUAAACAAGUGCUUAUUACCAAAAAAUUGAGAUUAUCUUUAAGUUUGUGUGUUUCGUACACAUUGCUUGUUGUGAAUGAUGGUUACAGGCAUUUGGUUUUGAUUUUGUGCAUUUCGCCUUAUUAUAAGAACAUGUAAUGAUGUAAACUGUGCAUUUUCAGAUUUACAAAUUUUGCUAGUCAUUAUUUGAUAAGUCGCUCAGUUAUUUUUAAAUAUCUCAAAGAUUUUUAAUUCAUACAGGAAGUACACACAACUUUUUUGUUAUCUGUCAUGUUAUUUGUUGACUUGUAAAUAUUUAUAUAAUAUAUGUAAAUUUAUUCAUUUAUGCGUAAAUUGUGCUACAUGAUGUUUUGACUCAUUCUUGUUAUUGUGUGACUUCGUUAAAUUGAAAGAAAGAAUUAUGCAUAAUUUGUUCAGAAUGGUAUCAAUAUUUUUUUUUUUAUUGAGGACAUUAGAUCAGCUAAGGGCUGAUCCAGAAUUAAACGCAUGAAAAAGGGAGGGGGGGGGGUGGGGGCUGCGGCUGGAGGCACUUUUUUUAGACCCUGACCAUCCAUAAAAUAAAAAAAUUAAAGGAAAAUGUAACCACCUAUAUUUAAUUAAAUUGAGUACCUCCCAAACCCCACCCCAUACAUUUUGGAAUAGCCAUAACGAAAUGUGUGUUAAAUGAUUGAUCCUAUAGAUGUGAUACAGCAGGCAAAAUUGAAUCAUAUAUUCAUAGAAUAAGAUAAAAUAUCUGAGACUACUAACAAUUUUGCGUCCCAACAAAAACACAUAUUGUAUUAGGGCUGUUCCAUUAAAACACACAUGGCACCUAGGUAAGGCAAUCUGGAAAUGGGAUAACCAUUUAUAGCAGCAAUUUAAGAAUUUCUCUUACAAUUGACUGUACAAAAUCACCCAUCCACUGAUGAGAUUUCAAAGUGUCUUCCCUGCAGGGAACCCAUGUAAAUUUUUAUGGAACAGCCCUUAUAUUAGUAUCAAAUCAUCUCCCAUUCUUUUAUGAAAUUACUUAUUUUUCUUCAGUAGUUUGUAAGUGAAGGUUACAAUUCUCCAUUCUUUCAUCAAAUAAAGAUAGUUAAAAUGAUUUUGAUUUUUUAAGAAGGUUUUAUGGUUAAGCUUUUUUAAAAUUUCCAUAGAGAUAAGAGCCAUUAUUACAAUGUAUUAUUCCCUGCAAUUUUUCUCAUAUUCUAAAAACGGAAAUUAUUGUUAUUAACAUGUGACAAUACCAGGUUUGCAAUAAUAAAAACUGCAUUUAUAAUUUCAGUAAUGAUUUUUCGUUAAUAUAAGUUUUAGCAAUCACAAUAAUUAGUUUUCACAUUUUUGCCAGUGGACAAGAAUUCACAAUAAUAAAUGCCUGCAUAAAUUUCCAAAUUUCCAGUACUUUUCAUUUUCCACCGCUGGUGGUGAAAGGGAAUGAGGAAUUUUUCGCAAAAUAUUUUUAUAGAAAAUUACAUAUGAUGUUUUGUACUGCAACCAUACUUUUGGUGUAGGCAAAAUUGUAAUGAAUUGACUUGAAUUGAAUUUUAUGCUACUUGAGCAUUGCAUGAUUUUGUUUGAAUUAAUCUCACUGAAGUAAAAUAAGAGAAUUUUAGAUUUGUGAUGAUUGUUUUUAUGUAUGAUGAAGUAAACUGUAUGUGUGCCUUUUAAGUGUAGUGUGUGAAAUAUAAUUUUCUGUGUGUUGAAUCAUUAAGCAUAGUGUAAUUAAAACAUACACUAUCUUGGUGUGAAUUCUCAGGAGCACAGUUUCGUAUUUCCUCCUAAGUAUGCCAAGGGAGAACAGAAUAUUUUGGAGGGAUUCAAAGGAGUGUGUAUUAUACACAACUGCGUACUGUACACAGCUAAAUACGGUAAAUUACAAAUUUAAACCUAGCAGAGUGGUAAUCCUAGCAUCUAUGAUGAGUUUAUUUAUCACACAUAAGAGUAAGUAAAAGUUUACUUAAAUCUCCGUCAAUUUCAAAUUGAUGAUUGCAGAAUGAAAUUAACCAUGCUUUCCCUUUUAAUAUAUCUUCAUACAUCAUUCUUACAAAUCAGAGCAAAGUUUGAUUUUGGUCAAGUUGCCAUCAUAGUUGCAUGCUUUUGAUUGUGUUGUUCAACCACUCUGCUAGUUUGUAAUUAGGUUACACAGGCCAGAUAAAUUGCCAUGUAAAACAAUUUAUUCAUUAAGUGAGUAAGGGCAAACUUUGAAUUCAGUAUAGAUUUAAAAAUUGUAUUGUAUGAAGAGAUUUCUCUUUUCAUCAUAAAAAGAUAUGAUCUCAGUCAUUGUAUUCAUGCAAACUGACCAGUUAAAAGAAUUAUAUGACAUUGUUUGAAUAUUUUCAUUGCGUAAAUGUUUUUUAAAGUCACCUUUUAUCCUGCAUCCAAAACUUUUGAUCCUGUAAAUUCUAAUUUAGACAACCUUGUAAAUUCUUUUAAAUAAUUGACACAUUUUUCACUAUGAUAAACCAUUUUCUUUUUGACUAGGGUAUUGGCCUUGAAAGGUUUCUUAUUUUCCAACUUAAACAAGAAUGGGAAAAAAAUGUGGGGUAUUAAAGAUAUAUCCAAAUCAAAUUGAAUUCAAAUUAUUUAAAAACAUUCAUUUUCAAAAUGAAUUGAAAACAUCAAUAUUUAUAUCAGAGUUGAUAUCUGACUGGUUUGUUGCAGGAGUUAAAUUGACACUGUAAAAUCAUGCUUAAAUACAAUUGCUGUCAGUAAAAAGCAGAGGUUCAAAUUUGUUUUGAAUAAUGAAAGGUCCAGGACCAUUAGAAAUUAUAAGUAAAAGGUCCUCAGUAAGAAAUUCAAUGGUCCUGUAUAAAGCAUCAGUGUAAAGGAUGGUCCUUGACUUGUAAUUUAAGAAUGCAAAGUCCUCUCCUAGAAAAGUUAGGUCCCGGACCUUGGACCCACACUAAUUUGAACCCCUAAAAAAGUUCUACAAUGUAGGAAUAAUUUUAAUUUUAACCAGUUUAACAUUCUGUUUGGAGAAUAUAUUGGCUUAUUUUUUUCAAUAUGGCAUCAGAUCAAGCUAGUCACUAAAUUUGUGUGCAAUGACUUGGUAAAAUUAACCCCCGUUAGUCUGCCUUUAGUUACUUUAAGGUCACAAUUAAUUACUAGAAGCUAUGGUAAUCAGACUCAUUUUAUGUAAAUUAUAUACCACUAAAACUACUAAUCAGACAUAAAUAUCCUGAAUCAAACAAAAACAAAAAAGACAAUUCCUGCAUUUUGUAAAACUUGAGUGCAAUAAUAUAUGGAAGUUAUAAAAAUAAGAAGAUGUGGUAUGAUUGCCAAUGAGACAACUCUACACCAGAGACCAACACUUAAAAUUUCCUAUAAACCAAUAAACUGAAGGUCAACAAUUAAGGUGUUUAAUGUCAAAUCACAUGACUAACCAUGAAUAAGGAUUUUUAAUUUCAUAUGAACAGAAAGCUUUAAGUUUAGACAAGUAUUUUGUAUUUAAUGUCCAAUCAUCAUGACUGACCUUUGUAGAAAUAUUGUAAUUGGUAACUGCAGGAAGUACAGAGAUAGAAGAGGAAUGCAUUCAUUUCUUUCUCAAUAUCUUUUUUUCAAAAUGUUAAGUGAAUGAGGUUUCUUUAGAAUUAAUCAAGUUCUGAAAAAUAUAGAAACAAUAUCUGGCCUUCAUUCAUUAAAAAUUGAGGUCAGAACUACUUUUCAAACAGUGCUUAAUAACAGAAAAAUGAACUGAAAUCAGAUCAGGUGAAAAAUAUUGGAAUAUAGAAACACACAUGAAUUUAGAACUUGUAUCAAAUUAGCCGAGGCAGAAAAAUAUAACAUCUGCCUUCAAAAACAGCAAUUGUCAAAUUCAGUCAGCAUUCAUGUCAUGCUUAAGAUUUCAUUUUUAUUUUUGUACAAGCUUAUAGGAAUGUCAAAAUGUUGGGAAAAAAAUGUUGAUUUUUUUGUUGUUUUUUUUUUAAAUUAGAGAAGCCUGAACUGUUGCAAAAAUAUUUUGCAUAAUUUAAAUCUUCAUUUAAACUGGGUGUAUUUAUUCCUCAUUUAUAAAUAUCAUUAGUUUCUGUUGUUUUGUUGUUAUGUUAACACUUAUUACAAAAGUGUAAAAAUCAUUAAAGAAAUUUAUGUUACAUGUAGAUUUGUAAUGACAUCGUUUUGUGUUAUUAUUUGUUACACCUAAUGUGGUUUAAGGAUGUUCACUACUCUGUUUCAAAAUAACAAGGUUUUUAAUAAUUGUAAAGACUGUAAUAAAUUAAAAGUAUACCAAUAAAAGAACUAAAAAGGCAGAAAAAAAUUGAAGGGUCCAUGUGCUUGUUUUCAAAAUAUAAGCCAUUGAAAAUUUGGCGGGAAGUGAUUCUCUCUAGAAUUUUCAUACAAUUAACAUUGGCAACUUUUUUAUUUCAGAAACUAUGAAAAAAUAACAAGGAUUUUAUAAGAUUUUCAAAUAUGGCUUUUUAGCUAUAUGUAAUAAAAUUAUGAAAAGAAAAGUAGGGGUUUGCGGGCAAAUUUAUUAACGGCGCUACAUGGAUAAAACCAGAGGAUUCCAAAUAUCUGACAAACAUUCAAAAACAAGAGGAGCGAACAUCCUUAAAAAGUAUUCUAUCUAGUUUAAUGAGUUAAUAUAUGCUAAUUACAACCUGAGAUAUGAAUGAGUUUAUAAUUAGUAAUACAGUUGUUUGAAAUUUUAACAUGAUCAAGCUCAACAAUUUAUCACACAGUGGGAAAGUGAAUAAAAUUUUUGGGUUAUGAAAGUUUAAAGAAUAAGGCAGAGGCUUAAGAAAUUAACAACACAAUUAAAGAUGUAUGCAUGUUGGGUGGAACUAUUAAAAUGUGCCAUGUGUCUCCUCACAAAUUUACUUUUUGACAGCACUGACUUGCUGUUUUCUUAUUGCAAUCAAGGCAUGUUUUGGACCAAAAAGUGUAAACAAGCAUAAAAACAUUUUUUUUUGUACAAGUUUUUGCCAAAGCUUGAUUUCAAACAUGUCUUAUGAUUAUAUCUCUUUAAUGAUUUAUUAAUAAAGUUCUGUGUUUCUUAGAAAGCAUGUCAGCUGAAAGGUCACAUGCAUAUUUAUGUAAAAUAGGACUUAAAGUCUCAUAACCAUUUAACAUUUCCUUUUUUUCAUUUUUGAUCUAUAAUUAUAUCUAUAUGGUCAGAAUUUAGAAUCCACCAGUGUAUAUGUUAUGCUGAGCAUAAGUUAAGACAUGUUGGUAAAACCAAUUGUUUCUUCAAACCAAUGUUGAUAUAUAUUUUGUCUAGUAUCAACUAGGUUAGUGGUUUUUAGAGCAAGAUUUUUGUGAGCAGAUUUUUAACUUUUGAAUAAACUAUGUUAAAGAUAAGAAUUGGUUGUAAUCAAUUUGUUAUUAGGGAGCAACCAUUUAACUUAAAGGGGGGGGUAUGGUUUUUUGUCUGAGUCUGAAGCAAAGCGCGAACAUUUUAUUUUAGUUUUUCAACGCUAUCAAUCAAAUUAAUUUUUUUUAAAUUUAACACUAUAAGAUAUGGGGAAAAUCUGGAUUCAGAAUAUUUUUUUGUCAUCUUCUUGACCACAAUUUUUUUUUUAUCAAAUUGGGGAUCAGAAUAUUUUUUUUAGGAAAAAACAAUAACUCCCCCCACCCUUGAAGUUAAAUGGUUGCUCCCUUAAACUUAUUGAGUUCUAUUGUAAAGAAUGUGUCUGUCAACAUUGAAAGGAGGUCUAAAUUUGACUUCACAUUGCACUGAGAUGUUAAUAGAUGCUUUAAAAGAAUCUGUAUUCUGUUAUGGAUAAAUUACAUCCAAAAUUUUGUCUCUCUUGAAAAUAUCCAGAUGACUUCAGAUUUUUAGUGUUUUUCGCUUAUAAGGCCUUUCUUUCAACUAUGGAAACAUUCUAAGAAAUUGUUUUCAGUGGCACAAAUUGCAAUUUCACUGUGAAAAUGGCAUGUUGAUCAUACUUAACUUUCUCAGGAAGGUAUUGCAUUUACCACCUAGUAUAAUAACCAGUUUAUAAAUUUAAAAUGUGCGUGAAUUAAAAGAAGGUCUAUUGGAUAUUCAUUGCCAUAAAUAUAAAAUCAUUUCAUAUGAAGAAAUGUAAAUUCUCUUAUAUGUUUGUCCGACCUGCUUACUGUUUAUUUAUUUUUGUUGGUGGGUACCAGUUUUUCGUGGAUUGUGGAAAACUUGCAUUUUCAUGGAUAUUUGAUUUCAUGGUUCGCCUAAAUCUGCAUACAUUCCUAUAGAAAAUUUGUGAUUUGUUUAACAUCUGUAUUAGUGGUUCCCCUGUACCUACGAAAUCCACGAAAAUUGGUAUCCAACGAAUAAAAAUGAAUCCACAGUAAUAUGAAAGAUAUUUUUAUUCUCAGAAAAAGAAUUUAAGUUUUCAGUGCAGUAAUACAAAAUGUACUUGCAGUAUGUUUUGAUUUUUCCUCAGUGUAUGAUAUUCUAUAGGAUCAGACACAUGCUGUUAUGAUGUUAAAAAAAAUUCGGACUCCUUGGGUUUUCUCCUACGAUACAGGGUAAAAUAAUUUGCCCCAUAUCACCCACUUUUCUUUUCUUAAAAGACUCCGAUAGCUCAUUAAAAGGUAAUUGCCAAAAUUUAAGCAUAUUCUAAAUUUUUUUCUUACGAUUUGAGAUUCAAAUAAUGCCAAGGCUAAAUAUAAGGUAAAAAUCCAAGUCAGCCUUUUCCCGCCAUUUUUUAAAAAUCAAAUAUCUCAAAAAGGAGUUUUAUAACCUAUCAAUAUUUUUAGCUUAUUUUGUUCCUAAACUGAUGCUUUCUGACUUAAAGUAUCAAUUUUAAAUUCAAGAUUUUUUUAAUUUCACCUAACUACAUCCUUAAAACUUUAAACUCUUGUAAUUUUACUAGAAAUAAAAAUACAAAGCAAUUGUUAUUAACCUAAAAGUAAGGUACUCCUAACACCCUUACAUUUGUGUUUUUAAAAAAAGGUAUUUGUCUGUGUAAUGUUCAAAUAUAAGAUUCAGUAGGAAGCAUGGCUUCAGUUUAUGUAUGUAAAUUAUGAGGAAAAAUUGCAUGAAUAUUCAUGAGAAUAAAGAAAGUUGGAAUUUAUGGUGUGAAAGUUGAAAGAUGCUUGUUAUUUGACUUGUGAUAAGACUAAUCUGUUUUAUAUGAAAUGAAUUGUGAGAGAAGGAGUUGUUUUAUUACAUAAUAAUAAACAUCCUCUAGUUGAUAAGAAAGUUAAAGCGAGAUUUGAUAUGUUUUUACACAUAAUGCUAAAACUUGUGUAUCUUGACACAUUUAAUUUUACUUCAUACAUAGAAAAAGUAAAGGAAAUAUUUAGCUGCACUAUUGUUAAAAGCGGGUCUGAGUUUUACAAAAUGUUUCAUGACUACAAAAUUGGAAAAAAAGUUCUGAAUAAUUAAUAACCUAUUAUAAUGAUAAUUUUAUUGUUAAAUGCAGGCCUAUUUCUGUAUUUAAAUCAGCAUUUAUUACUUUCAACUGGUUUGAUCACAUGUGGAAUGAAUAAGAAAUGCAAUGAUAAAUUUUUGUUUUUGAAAACAUUAUACUUUAUUCAUUAGUAUAUGACGUAUAUACACACACACACCUGAUAAGACAAAGACUAUUUACAAGCUGGCACUUAAAAAAAGGCCAGGCUCGCUGCAUUAGAUUCUGUUACAUUUAAUUUUAAGGGUAGUAACUCCUUGUAUACAUUUAAUUUUAAGGGUAGUAACUCCUUGUAUACAUUUAAUUUUAAGGGUAGUAACUCCUUGUAGCAACACGUUUACUCCUAAAGGAAGUUGAUUAUACUGUACAUGACAGCAAAUAUUCAAAACUGUUACUGCUUGCAUAUUUGAUACUAACAAUUAUAGUUAGUUGUUCAAUGAUUUGAAAUCUUUAUUCUUAUGUUUCCUUUACUAUGAAUAGGAUGCCUGUUAACAGUUUUGUCUAACAAAUUGAAAAUUCACCUGUUAACCACUUUGCUUUUCUUAAUAUAGGACACUACAAAAUGAAUACUUCUUGAUAUAAAUGAAUUUUAUUUAUUACAAAAUUGUGGUGCAUUUUAAGUUGUAUGAAUGAAAUGUUUUGAUGUAAAUUUUAUUCAGGAAUGAUAUUUCAUUGUGUUCAUCAUAGUAGGUUGUUUCCAUGGAAGCAACUUCAAAUAUUUUGUAUUUGAUUUAAGAAAUUUAUUCCAUUUGAAUUCUACAGCAGAUAAGUACAAUCAGUUAUAUAAAGAAUUUUUGCUUGUACUAAUCUAAAGUAGAUUUAAAGAGGAAUGUGUGUAUCUUUAUAUCAAUUCUAUGUUACCAUGGUUACUGCAUUUAAAUUUGCAUGCAAAAUAGACAUACUGCUCGUCCAAGUAUUUAUAUCUUCAUAGCUAUUAUAUCUGUAGAAGGUUAAACUGUAAAUCAAAUAUCUAUUUUAUCUAGGAUUUAAUUUUUUCGUUACAUUGAUUUCUUAAGAAAUCUUGUAAACUAUUUAGAAAUACAAUAUAUUAAAGGAAAAGUACUCCCCAAAACACAUCACAACAUUAACACUUCCAACAUUCUUUAUUUUUCAUUCAUCCACUUCCUUUUAAGAAAAGGAAAUUAAACAUUUCAGAUUUUUUGGAACACUAAUUAUACUUGGAUGAGCAGUUACAAUAGAAUUUAAUAGCCUUUCAGUAUGAUACUGUUAGACCUAUGUUUGCAAGUUUAAUUAUGAAAUGUUAUGAAAGGGACCCUCCCAGAUCAUAUUGUUGUCUAAUAUAAGUUCAUUGUCAAAUCUCAAAUAAAAUGUGAUCUGUA